AUGAAUCAGCCUGGGCCUCUGUGCAAAGGUUAUGCGUUUUGUCCUAGGAGGGUCAGAGGGAGUGGGCCCGAAAAGAAAAAGCGGCUGCUGGAGGCUCUGGUCAGCACUUUCCAUUGUGAUCUUCGCCAGGCCGGGGAUCUCUGGGACCCCGAGCUGGCCGCAGCCUGUCCGUGGACUCAGUUGCACCCACCCCAGCGGGAGUGGAAGGAGCGGGGGUCAGCCCUGGGUAUAAAGCCCCUCGCACCCUGCCGCCGCGCAGCCUCUGCAGCUUCUGACUUACUGAACAACUGCGCCAACGUCAGGGCACUCUCUGUUAAGGUGGAAAGCGGCGCGUGGUGGGGCUUUGAGUACCCCGACUUCCAGGGACAGCAGUUCAUUCUGGAGAAGGGUGACUAUCCUCACUGGGAGUGUCAGCUGCUGCCCUUCUGUGUGUGCCCAAAGCCACAGGAGGGACUGGAGAAGGUUAUUCAGUUUACCUGGGAGCUACUAGAGCGAAUACAGGAAGCAUUUGUGGGACCUAAAACCACGGAUAGCCACGUGACACUGUUUGAAGGAGAAAACUUCCAGGGUUGCAAGUUUGAACUCAAUAACGACCCCCCCCCCAUCCCUGUCGCCAUGGGCUGGGCCAGAAAAGAUGUGGGCUCCCUCAAAUACCCAGGCUACUGGUCUACUGGUACCAGUACCCAGUAUGUCUUGGAGCCAGGCCAGCACAACAGGGAGUUUCGGAUCUACAGCAAAUUUGGCACUCAUGCCCACACCAGGCAGCUGUGGUCCAUUAGAAGAGUCCAGCAUUAG